AUGUCUUUCUUUAGUCGAUUAUUUAAACUUCGAAUAUUCAAAUUUCGCCAUACUCUUGCUGAAGAACUUGAAGAUCUUCAUACAGAAUCACUUCAUUUACAGCAAGUAUUAACUCAGACACGUCUCCAACAACGCAUAUGGACGAAAUGGUUUGCUAUCUAUGCUAUACUCGCAUAUUUAGCUUUGAACGUCGUUUAUUUUACUUUAUUCCUUUCACAUGAGUAUCUAAUUCGUACUUAUGCAAUCAUGAUCUCUGUAACAUUGGGAGCAUUACUUUAUGGAAUGUAUUGGCUUCUUUGUUGGUAUUUUCGAACAAUGAUUCAUAUGAAAGAGGAUCGAUUAGCAUUAUUCAAAGAUCGAAAACAAGAAUUGAUUGAAGAGGUGAAAACUAAAGAAACAUAUGCAGUAGCUAAAAGUCUCUUAGAAAAAUAUGGCGAAACAAUUACACCUGCAGUUCAACCAUCAGCAACCGAAGCUGCUAAUACAAAUGUUCGUCCACGUGUAUCAGUUCAACCAACAACAGCUGGUGCAAAUAAACCACCUGUUUCUGUUACACCACCUAAUAUCGGUAGAUUAGAAUCAAGUAAUACACAAACACCAAUGAGUGGUGGACCCAUUCGUCCAACAGUGGGUGCUACACCUGGCAAAUUACCGCGGGCAAUUUUACCACCACAACGAACAUUCUGGGGAGCAAUUCUCGAUGUUAUUGUAGGUGAUGGUCCAUCAAAACGCUAUGCAUUAAUCUGUAAAUCCUGUAAUAGUCAUAAUGGCAUGGCACUGGAAGAAGAAUAUGAAUAUUUAUCUUUUCGUUGUGCCUAUUGUAAUUAUUUUAAUAGUGCUCGUAAACAAAAACCGGUCUUUCAUGGUGAUAUUGUUGCUCAUGAUCCACAACCAGCAGCAGCAACAACAGUAAGUCAAACACAAGCUGAACCAACAGUUACACGUACAGACUUAUCAUCUUCAGAAUCAUCUGAUGCAAACGAAGAUAACAAAUCGGCAGGUACAGAAUCCAAUGUAGUACGACGAUCAAUUCGUGUUCCAGCGUCAGAAAAUACCAAUGAAUCUCGAUCUCGUUCGUCAUCCAUUGAAAAUCAACGAGAACAACAACAUUCAGCAUUAUUAUCGUCAUCAGAAGAAGAAGAAAAUAAACGAAAAGACAACUAA